AUGACUUUCAAGAGGAGAAAUCACGGAAGAAACAAGAAGAACCGCGGACACGUCGGAUUCAUCCGAUGCACCAACUGCGGACGUUGUUGCCCAAAGGACAAGGCUAUCAAGAAAUUCGUCGUUAGAAACAUCGUCGAAGCUGCCGCCGUCCGUGAUAUUGGAGAUGCUUCAGCAUACACUCGUGAGUUCCUUCUAUAAUUUUUCUAAAACUAACAUUUUACGUCCGUCAAUUCUUCGGUUUAUGAACGAAGAACGUGGAUCUCAAACUAUUCACCCUACUUUUAUUUGCUCAUACUUUUACAAAAUAGUGUCAGACAACUAAGCGUUGUUUGGAAAACUCUUGAUCAAAAAAUGUUUUUCAUUUUUUGACAAUCGAGAUAUUUUUGAGACAACCAGAAAUUGUCCGAUGAUUUUUUUGUUUCGGGAACUCUUCUUAAUCAAGUUUGUUUGAGUGAUUUUUCCAAUGACCGAAUUACUUGACCUUCAAUUAAAUCUUACGAGUGUUGAAUUUUUCAAACGUUAGUAUUGGGCUAUCUAGGUUCGUUUUUCGUUAGGAAGUUCUAGAAUAUCUCAUAGAUAUCGAGAUAAUUUCAUUUUUGUCAAGUUUUUAUUUUCAAGGCUCAAUGAAACAAUUAUUCCUAAAAUUUAAUCUGUAAAAAUGCACCAUUUUCAAUUUUUUGAUUUUCAGAAUACGCUCUUCCAAAGUUGUACCACAAGCUUCACUACUGUAUCGCUUGUGCCAUCCACAGCAAGGUCGUCAGAAACAGAUCCCGCGAGGCCAGAAGAGACCGUAACCCACCACCACGUUUCGGACAACGUACCGCUCAAGCCCGCCCAGGAGCUGCCGGAGGACCACGUCAAUAA